AUGGUGAGUGUUGUUUAAAUUAAACAAAAUGUGGUUCUUAUGAAGGCUUGGAUGUGUUCAUUACUGGAUAUACCGGUAAGAGGACUUGUGCAGAGCAAUGUAGCAUGGCUUUUUUUGAACGCAAGACAAUGGAAAAUUGAGUUCAUCUGUGGGAUUUUCCUAAGUUGUGGAUAAUAUAUUUUGGGAAAACGUUCAGACAUUUUUUGGCCUCCUCUUUCUGCUUUCAAGUUAUUUGAUUGUUAUAAAACUGCUAGUUUUUAAUAAACAAGACAUUUUGAAAGCUAUCAUUUGGGUGGAGUGCAUGCCAAAGUUGGGAAAACUUAUAAUUUAUCUUAGGAGAAUGUUGCGGCAGAUGUGAGGAUAAGGCCAAGUCACAUAACAUAAUUUUUACCAAGGGUAAUUAGAAAAGUAUCUUACACAUGAAUGGACGAGUGAGAUGCAAACAUGCAAGGAGGGAGGAAAUAAGGGCUUGCAAUGAUCACCAUUAACUGAUGGCAGUCCUAGCUGGCCUGGUACAACUGUAUUUUAAACCUGCAUGACAGGAAUCUAAAGGUGUUGGAGAACAAGGUCAAAAGCAAGGGGAUUGGAGGUUCCACUUCUUCCCUCUUCCCCCUCCCCUUUUUGUCCUUGCAACACAGCUACCUCAAACAGAUGUAACAAACAGACAACCAGAGAGGGGGGUACCAUUCCACCCAAAAAAUUCUUGCGCAGGGAAAGUGUCUAAAAAUCAAUUGACAUUGUUGCCAGUGUUUCCCUUAGAAAACAAUGUUAUUAAAGAACAGCAGGGUUUUUAAGGGGUCCAUUUUAGAGCUGAGAGAGAGAGAGAGAGAGUUGACUGUAAAAGCAAAACCUUUUAAGUUGUUGUUUAUUAAAUUUUUAUUAUUAUUUGUCAUCUUCAGCUUCAACGUCAGCUUGAUGUUGACAUUCUUAUUUAUGGUCACACCCACAAGUUUGCGGCAUAUGAACAUGAGGGAAGGUUUUACAUCAACCCUGGUUCAGCUACAGGAGCUUAUAAUCCACUGCAAAGGUAAGACUCCUUCACGCUGGUUGCGGAGCCAGGGAAUGGGGUGAGGAUUUCAUUGUUUUUGCUGGCCCUUUGGUGGGGCAUUUGACUGAUCUCGUUUUCCUAGGGGAGGGGAUAUUUGCCUCUUUCUGCGCCCAACAUGCACUGGGAUCAAUUAAACGUUUUAAGAUAUUGCCAUAUCAAAGUAAAGGGAAGCUCUAUUUUCAAAACAAAAAACACCAUCAGGUUAAAAUUGUGCAGAGAGCUUUAAUUUUCAAGAGACCUAAAAAUAACCCGAGGGAGGUAAAACCUUAGCAUUUUUUUUUUAAAUUUUGAAGGUUAUGACAAUUUUUGUAGAUAAUGUGGAAGUAAGUGCCUCAAUAAGCAACAGUUUUAAAAAUAAAUUUUAUUUGGUGCUAUUCACAAAGAGCCUAACAUCACAUCCUUAUAUAUUAUCCAUAGGACCGCAUUUUAGUUGAUAUACUAAUUUAGAUUGGGCUCAACACAAUGUUAAUAGAGUGCACUUAAAAUUCGAAAUGACUUUUGAUGCUUUACAGGACUAAAAUGUUUUGAUUCUGGCCACAAUGUGCAGCCAGGGGUGGGGAAAAUUUUGUACAUUUGACUGGAAUGAUUUGCCGAUGAGCAGGGAAUUUGACAGCAAAUUUUUGAAAAAUGCCAAAUCAGGUCAUUCAGGUGAAACAAGCUAACCUUGCGACUUCAUUGCUCUCUCGGUCAUUGCACAAGGUCAUUAAAGCUCUGCACACUUUGUUUGCUUCUGAGACUUGUAGCAAGGCCCCAAGAAUAUUGUGAUAUCCAAACAUCUUCAGUAGCAAUGUGAAGUUUGGUGUUAAGCUUUACCCAACACUUCUAGGACUGUCUGACAAAACAAUGUGGAAACUUUUUUUUUAACUUCUGAAGAACGAUAUAAGGGAGAAAAGUUUGACAGUCGAUGAAUUUUUUAUGUCUUGGAUGUAAACCUCGUUAUUGCUCAAGGUGCCUAUGCUUUGUAAAGUUGUCUUUUUUUCUUAUUUUUCUGCCUAUCCCCCUAAUGUAAUCACUCUUGGAAUGUUGUUUCUUGUAGUGACAUUGUGCCGUCAUUUGUUCUGAUGGACAUUCAAGCUGGUACUAUUGUCACCUAUGUGUAUCAGCUGAUCAAAGAUGAUGUGAAGGUGGAGAGAAUUGAGUACAAGAAACCUGUCUAGAAAAUAUGUAUGAAAAUAAUAAUUACCACGUUUUCAUUUAUACUCAUUUUAAGGUUCAUAUUUUUCUGUGCUGUCACUUAGAUUUAAAAAAAAAAGAUGAAGUGUCCUAGGGUGAAUAGUUAAAAAGCUCAAUUAUUAUGUCUCCGUUUUGGAAGCCAGAUUUCAAAGUAAGUCCUUGCCCUCAUAUCUUUCUAUUAUACCUAAAAUAUGUUGAUUGUCCAGAUCAGUCUCAUUGGUAAGCUAAGGCUUACUCUCACUGCAGCACUCUUGAGUUUAGUCUUGUACCUUUGAGGGUCCCCAGAAGGCUUUUUGGGAUCCGGUAUUUCCCUUAAUCGAAUCUCAGCUCAAAUCUGGCUGAGAUUCGGAAAGUAUCAUGGGAGGUGGGAUGCCCCUCCAAAAAAAUAUCAGGAUAACAGUAUUGCAUGAAAUUCUGGGUCCGGGUUAGGGGAUUGUAGAAUCCUAUUGGGGACCCUUUAGUUCCCCCAGAAGAGGAGAACAAGGCGUGUGGAGGAGUGCGGGCUCAUUGCCUGAACAGCAGCUGUUAGUCCCACGCACACAAACUUAAUACUGACUUCACUUGUGCUGACAUCUGACUGUCUUUUUUGUGAUGAGUUUAAUCACUUAAAGGAACAUUCCAAAAUUGUAUUUUAGGUUUACAUUUACAUGUAAUUUUAGUUUCAAGUGUAGCCUUUGUGGAGCUUGAAAAGACCACAAUUCCUGUUUGUCCUUGGGCAAAGCGUUUUCCAAUUUUGCCUGCAUGGGGUAAUUAAAUGCCUGUCUUUGUUUAUGAUUUAGUCAGAAGAUGACUUGCCUUGCCCUCGCCCAGUUGGCAAGUAAGUAUGAAAAAAUACUUGCCCAGCAGGAAGACCUAGUUGUCCUGGUCUACCAGCCAAGGCUUUUUUCAGCCCUGUUCUGCGUCAAGCGUACUUAACUAAUACUUCAGCCUGUUCGUGGGGAGAUUUAGGAGAUGUUUUAAUUGUGACAAAAAAACACAUAAUCUGUUUUCAUUUUUUACUAUUGUUGUGGGUAAAUCUAAAGACAGUUUACUUGUACUUUGAAUUUCAAUAAGCCUUUUCCCACCUCAUUACUACAUCUGAGCCUGGCUUACCACUUAAACUAAGCUUUUAGAGUAUUGCAUUAUGUUCACGUAUGAACAAAGAACUACAAAAUUAGUGUCAGGUACAGUGGAAUCCCGCUCUACGGACACCCACUUAAUACCGACACCCGGAUAUAACGGACAGUUUCGUUUGUCCCGACCAAAAAGAAGCAUAUAUAUUUUCUCUAAAAUUAAUCCACUUAAUACAGACAUCCGGUAGAGAGGAGAAGUCGUUACAUCACGUUGCGAUGGUAGCAAAAUUUCUGGAUGACAACAAACCAAAACGUCACUUAAAAAGUGGAUUUGCACAGUUUCAACCUUCAUUUAAUUUCAUUCAAUUUGUCAAAUGUUGGCGAGAUUUUCUGGGUUAAAUCCAAAAGGACCGUUUCUAAGUUUAGAAAAAAAAAAGAAAUUUUUGUGUUGUGUUCACCUACUCCAUAAAGCGGGCUUGUGAAAUUAGGAAGUUUCACGUCGUUCUGGUGCAACGACGACAAAGAAAUGUACAAAAUAGCGUGAUGCACGUAUGAAGUGGUUGUUUUUUAAUAUAAACAUAUUUUUUGCCGUUCUCCUUACCGUCGGCGUCGCCGUCGCCGUUGGUUUUGUUGUCAUUCAGAAAUAGUGCUACCAUGGUAACGUGACGUCACACUUCUCCUCUCUGUUAACGCCGACACUGUGGCAUGUUUCAUCGGUGUCCGUAUUAAUGGGGUUUCACUGUAAGUGCCCUUUUAAGGGCCAGUAAUCUUUGGCACCGUAGUAAAAAUUCAAAUAUUUUAGCUGUGAAAUAAAUCAACUGAAAUGAGUUUUAAAAACAAAUUCUACUUUUAAUUAUUUGCGCCAUGAAGCCCACAAAGGGACCAGCGUGUAAAUUCUCCUGACAACAUCAUUUCUUCGGGGAAAUGGACGAGCACUGUUAUAUGAAUUCUUAGGGCGCUUUCCAUUCAACCCAAAAUUCCAGAAAUUUCGGUUGGUACAUCAAAUGGAACGGUUCAUUUCGGUAUUGAUCCGACCGGAAUGUUCGGGACAACCUUUGAAGGUGGUCCACUUUGACCGGUCUGGUCAUUUUGGUUUCGGUCGGUCGGACCGAAAUGUAGGCUCGAUUUCCGCCGUCUUCCGUCAGGGGGAUGAGUUCGGGCUCAUUUUGCCAAACAGCAGCCGGUAAUCGAGCCUAACCGAAAUGUCCCUUUCCAUUUGACAAAAUUGUUGUCCCCAGUACCGCUCUUUUGUAUCCUACUUACGAGAACAAUAACCAAUCGCGCGGUGGUUUGGGUCAGGUCUAUGCAACCGGAAUGUACCGUAUCCUACCGUUCCACUGGGCACGUUAAAUUUCCGAAAUUUCAAACCGGAAUUUUGUCGAAUGGAAAGCACCGUUAUUAUAACCUUAUACACCCUUAAGCCCUAAGAAUGAUCAGCAUUAAAUUUCUCCUGGUAACAUCUAUUCUUUAUAAAACAGGGUGAUCACAGGAAUUAAGGACAUGAUCAGACACGAUGAAUUAAAAUUGUACUUAAACAACUUCUUCCUCUAACUUUAUAGGAGAGUAUCGGGACAACACUGACAACAAAUAAGCACGACACUGGUGACUUACUGUACCCUAGUUAGUAUGGAUAGCAUUCGUCCCUUAGGGCCAGCUGCAUAAAUCUGAACGUCAGUUGUAACUUGUAACUUUUGAUAUUCAACCCAGUUUGACUCUCUAGAUUUACGUCUGACAUUAGCAAAUAUGUAUGACAUUAGGUUUUAGAGAACUGACCCCUGGGGCGUAGGAACAUAGUCUAACCUGAGAUCAUGCUCAAUUUUCGUUUUGCUUCGUAAAUAAAAUUCCCAAGGCGUGGCUUAAGGUAUCAGAGAAUGUACGAGAGCUGCUAAAAUUCAGCGUGAUGACAGGUGUUUACUCCCUCUCAUGCCGCAUGCCUUCCCGCGCUUUGGGAAGAAACAAUUGCUGCGUAGAUAAAACCCUAUUGUGGGACUGUUACAUAUCAAUUCCUGGACUUUUUUAUUGCCAAAGAGCAGUCGAAUUCACCAUUCAUUUAACCAAAGCAGCGUAACCUUCCAAAGGUUAUACAACAACUAAAAAAUAUCUUUAAAGAAAAGACCACCUUUUAACGACCACCUUUUAUUGAUGAAGAGGAACGUACCUUAUCCACAAAGUUUACUAGCCUGUGUACAGACAGGAAAAAUCCUCAGGAAAAGUCGGAGAAUUUUUU